GUUCCUCGCCAUACAUGGGCGCGCCGGGCAGCAACGCCCUCGGGUAUCCAUCUCGCUCCCCCUGCGCUCCCCUGGCGCUCUCCCAUCCUUCCUCCGGGUCCCCUCUCGCCGCACGCCUCUGGGAUUGUAUCGUGCGCUCGGCUUUGUGGGUUUGUGGUGCCGUGUGUGCGUAGAGUGAGGAGGAGGGAGUCGUUUGAAGGCUCACCUGGCCGUUGUUUCGCGAGAGUUUAGAGAGUAACCAGUGCACGUCCUCCAGCAAGGCUGUCCCAAGUCGGGCUACGUCGGGCUACACCACCACCACCACCACCAGCGGGGCGAUGUCCGUGCAAGCGAGAAAGAGCCGCGGGCUGAGCGUGUCGCAGCACACCGCUCACUCCGACUACCACAAGGUCCGGGCGCGGAACGUCGAGCUGAGCGACGCCCGCCUGCGCUCGGCCGAGGCGCAGCUGCACGCGGCGGACCGCGAGUACCGAGCGGCGCGCGUCGCCUCGCUUCGCGACUACCGGACGGCGCAGCUGGAGGCCAUCACGGACGAGUACCGCGUGGCCCGGCUCGACCUCGGCUGCCAGGAGCACGCGGCCGCGCGUCUGCGCGAGCAGCGAGCGGCGCGACGGCAGCUCGCCUCGUCCGAGCACGCCGGCGCUGUCGCCACGAGGGCCAAGUCCGGCAAGCGCGAGUACCAGCUCGCUCUGCUCGACGCCAGCGAGGAUGAAUACGCCGCCACUGCCCGUUAUAAGUCCGCCCUGGAGUCGAGCAAGCGUGUAUACAGCUCGGCGCACCUCGAGUCGAGCAAGCGUGAAUACAGCUCGGCGCUCGUUGAUUCCACCAACAGGGACUACUACUACUACGCUGCUGCGGAAGGGGAGGGAGCUAUCCACCUGUGCGAGGGGAAGGGCGGCACGUACGAGCUGGAGGAGGAUGUCGCAGCCGGCACUGAGGUGCUCCACCUGGGCCGCUGGAGCCCCGUGCUGAGCCCCCGGGUCAAGCGCUCGCGUCACCUGCGCAUCCUGCAGGAUCACGAGAACCUGCAGCCCGGAUACCAGUACUACGUGCCCAUCUACCGCAGCCGGCUCGGCGCCGCCUCCUCCUCCUCCUUCUCGGAGCUGUCGAGCACGAGCCGCGCGUGGCAGCACGAGCACUCGCACGAGUACGCGCACGAGUCCACGCUGCAGCGUGAGCAGCAGCACGAGCAACAUGAGCAGCAGCAGCAGCUGGAGGAGGAGGAGCAGCAGCUGGAGCUGGAGCUCGCCAGCAAGCGGCGUUCUGCCUACCGCUCGAGCUACUUGUUCGCCAACGAGCUGGAGAGCGUCGAGGAGAGCAUGUGGCGCUCGCGGCAGAUCAUUCGGGAGCGCGCAGACCUCUCCCACAUCCGUCAGCAGAUCCACACGCGCUCCCAGGUGCAGAAGCGCAUGAGCUUGGACGGGCAGCUGCGCGCGCCGCACUUCACCGUGCGGCUGCGCUCGCACACCAUCUGGGAGCGCAUGAACGUCAAGUUCACCAGCACCGUGGACGCCUGGCCCGAGGUCAAGAUCACGUGGUACAAGAACAACGUCCCCAUUAGCUCGGAGAUGUGUCCCGAGAAGUACAGAGUCGAGAGCCGAUUCGGAGUGAACACGCUGGAGAUCAGCAGGUGCGACUUUGAUGACACGGCACAGUACUCCAUCUCGGCCAUAAACGUCAAGGGCGAGGCUUCGUGCUUCGCUUCGCUCGUCGUUAAACGUUUCAGGGGAGCUCUGGAGGAAGGUUCUGGAUACCACGAAGUGUCCACGAUGAUCCCGUCCCACUUCGACAUCCACCUCAUGGAAAAGUUCCAGGUGUCGUUCGGGAAGGAGGGCGACACGCUGAGCCUGGGCUGCACUGUGCUGCUCCACCCCAGCAUCCCCGGAUUCCACCCGACGCUGGAGUGGUACCGUGACGAUGUGCUCCUGGAGGAUUCCAAGUGGGUGGAGACGAGCCGCGUUGGCGAGCGGGGCACCAUCACGCUGCGCCACCUCAACAAGGAGGACGAGGGCCUCUACACACUGCGCGUCGUUGCCGGACUCUCCUACGACCAGUACAGCGCCUACGUCUUCGUCCGCGAUGGGAAGACGGAGGUUGAGGGGGCGCCAGGCGCCGCGCUCGAGGUGGCGUGUGAGGACAUCAACAAGGAUUACGUCAUUGUCACCUGGAAGCACCCGAGCGACGACCACGGCAGUCCCGUCAUCGGCUAUUUCGUGGACCGGCGGGAAGUGGGCACCAACCAGUGGGUGCAGUGCAACGACGCGCCCGUGCGGUUCGCGCGCCUGCCCGUCACGGGGCUGGCCGAGGGACACUCCUACGAGUUCCGCGUGCGAAGCGUCAACUCCCGUGGCGUGGGCCCUGCCUCCCGCUCCUCGGAGCCCGUGCUCGUCGCCGACCCCACCGCCCGCGCUCACCACAAAGAGAUGCCGACUGCACCGUGGACCGGGCAGAUUAUGGUCACAGAGGAGGAGCCGGAAGAGGGGACGAUCCCGGGCCCGCCCACGGCGCUCUCCGUCACCGAAGCCACCAAGGACUACGUGGUGCUCUCUUGGAAGCCGCUAUCUCUGCGGGGCAGCGAGGGCCUCGUCUACUACGUGGAGAAGAUGGUGGGCUCGUCGGGCCUGUGGCAGCGUGAGAAUCUGGAGAUGCCGCUCAAGUCUCCGCGCUAUGCCACCUUCAGCCUGGACGCGGGCGAGGCCUACCACUUCCGCGUGCGUGCCAGCAACUCGUGCGGGAUCAGCGAGCCCUCGGAGGCCACGGGCCCCGUCAGCGUUGGGGACCGGCUGGAUGUGCCCGGGGCACCGGCGCGGCCGCUGGCCACGCGCAACACCAAGACGUCGGUGCAGCUGGCGUGGGAUGCCGUCGAGACGGAGGGCGAGCUGCUUGGAUACUACGUGGACGCACGCGAAGAGGGCACGGGCGUCUGGGUGCCCUGCAACAACAAGCCCAUCCAGGGCACCAGGUUCAUCGCGCAGGGGCUGACGACGGGGAAGCGCUACGAGUUCCGCGUGAAGGCCAUCAACGCAGCCGGGCCGGGCCCCCACUCGCCCAGCUCGGAGCCGAUCACCGUCUACUCGGCCAUCACUCGCUCGUCGCCACCCAGCAGCCUCACGCUGCUGGAGAGCCGCGGCGACGCGAUGCUCCUGGGCUGGAAGGCCCCGCACUUCAGCGGGGGCGCCGACGUGACGGGCUACUUCGUGGACUUCCGCGAGGUGGACGGCGACGCCGUGGGGCCGUGGCGCGAGGCCAACGCCCGGCCCGUCCCCGAGCAGCUCCUCUGGAUCUCGCACCUGCAGGAGGGCGUCGAGUACCAGUUCCGCGUGCGCGCCGUCAACCUCGCCGGAGUGAGCCUCCCGUCGGUGGCCAGCGCGGGCUUCCUCUGCGAGGAGUGGACUAUGCCUACGCCCGGACCGUCGUACGAUCUCAUCGCCUCGGAGGUUCGCGAGGACUCGCUGCUGCUGCAGUGGCGGGCGCCGACGUACACGGGCACGAGCGCCGUCACGGGCUACUGGGUGGACGUGUGUGAGGCGAGCUGCGCACACAGCGAGAGCGCCUGGGCCACCGUCAACCAGCAGCUCGUGCAGCUCAGCCACAUGCGGGUGACAGGGCUGGAGGAGGGGAAGAGCUACGUGCUGCGCGUUCGAGCGGAGAACGCGGCGGGCGUCGGGAAGUCCUCGAAUGUCACGGAGCCCAUCCUCGCUCGGACGCCACCCGGAACGAGCGAGAUCGUCGCGGACGUGGACGACGAUGGCAACAUCUUCCUGGAGCUGUCGUGUGCAGAGCUGGACGAGAACUCCAAGUUCAAGUGGUCCAAGGAGUACGAGGAGCUCAUCGACUCUGGGCGCGUGGACGCUCAAACCGUGGGAGACAAAGGCCGACUGUACUUCACCGACGCGACGGAGGAGGACCUGGGCGUCUACUCGUGCAUCGUCACCGACACCGACGGGAUCUCCUCCAGCUUCAUCCUCGACAAGGACGAGCUGCAGCGGCUGAAAGAGAUCAGCCACGAGCGCAAGCAGCCGACCAUCCCGCUGCUCAGCGAGCUGGCCGUGGAGCUCAUGGAGAAGGGCCGCGUGCGCUUCUGGCUGCAGGCCGAGCGCCUGGGGCCCGACAGCACCGUGACCGUCGUCUUCAACGACAAGGAGCUGUCCAGCGGGGAGAAGUACGACGUGAAGGUGACGCGCUCGGAGGGCCUGGUGGAGAUGUUCAUGGAGGAGCUGACGCAGGAGGACGAGGGGACCUACACAGUGCAGAUAGAGGACGGCCGAGCGUCGGGGCAGUCCAGCCUGGUGCUCAUCGGAGACGCGUUCGCCAAGCUGCUGAAGGAGGCGGCGUUCCAGAGAGCGGAAUAUUUCAGGAAACAAGGGCCACACUUUGCCGAAUACCUGAGAUGGGAAGUCACAGACGAAUGCAACGUCCUGCUUAUCUGCAAGGUGGCGAACAUCAACAAGAUGACGAGCAUCGUCUGGUACAAGGACGCGCAGGAGAUCAUGGUGGACGAGGAUCAUGACUUUGACCAUGGGAUCUGCACGCUGCUCAUCACGCAGGUGACCAAGAGGGAUGCAGGGGUCUACGAAGUGCGCUUGAAGGAUGACCGAGGGAAGGACAUCAGCAUUCUGAGACUCAUAGACGAUGCUUACGAUGCGAUGAUGCAAGAGGUGUGCAGGAUUAGUGCCGAGUCGGCGUCCGAGCUGAAGCUGCAGGCCACGGCCGAGGGCAUCAAACUCUACUCGGUGCUCAAGUACUGUCCCGAGGAGCUCAAGUUCUGCUGGUACCAGAGAGACACGAAGCUGGCGUCGACGGACAAGACGCGCAGCGGCGUGGUGAGCGACCAGCUCUACGUGCAGAUCUACGAGCCGACCGACAAGGACAAGGGCAAGUACACGAUGGAGCUGUUCGACGGCAAGGGCACGCACAAGCGCACCGUGGACGUGGCCGGGCAAGCGUUCGACGACGCCUACGCCGAGUUCCUGAGGCUGAAAGCGGCUGCUAUCGCAGAGAAGAACCGCGCCAGGGUGGUUGGUGGGCUGCCAGACGUGGUGACGAUCCAGGAGGGAAAGACCCUCAACCUGACGUGCGACCUAUGGGGCGAGCCCACGCCCGAGGUCGCGUGGCUGCGCAACGACCGCGAGCUGCACAGCGACGAGCACUUCGUCACCAAGUUCGAGUCGGGCCGCUACGCCAGCUUCACCAUCAACGGCGUGAGCACGGCCGACUCGGGCAAGUACAGCGUCUACGUGAAGAACAAGUACGGCGCCGAGAACGGCGACUUCACCGUGGUGGUGGCUCGGGCCGUGGGUGAAAUCCGCAUGGCCAUGUGCGUCUCGGAGGUGUCUCAUCCGGCCCCGGGGCCACAGCCGGAGGAGCCGGAGACUCGACCCAAGUACCAAGCCACGAAGCCAAAGAGUGAAAAGGGGCCAAAAAAAACAACCGACGAGAAGAAGAAACCGCCCAUCGAUGUCAAUAACGGCGAUGACGGCGACGACGACGGCACGGAGAGGCGCACGGCUGAGGAAUCGGACGUGAAGGGCGCUCAGCCGAGCGCCUGAACGCUGCCGGGUGAAUCCAAUCACUCAGCAGCGUCCACACCGCGCAUGCAGUGAGUGGGCAACCUGGAUAGCCCUGUGUGUGUGUGUGAACACACGCCUCUUCCUUACGACUUGCGACCGCGGCUUGUUCUUUUUUAUGUAAUGGCUUUACAAAUGAUGGAAACGCUCGAUAUCUUUGCAAAGGAUCAGGCGGGAACUGUGUUUAAAGUGCUUGACCCACAAUUGGAAGGGCAUACGUUCAAGGCCAUUUUGGGGGUUGGGCUUAGCCCGUUAUUCUUCUGGGAUUGGUAAGUUGAGUACCACUUUGUGCGAUGUCAAGAAUGGGUUUGGUAUGAAUGCAUUGGCCACAAUUAUCGGAAUGUGGAAUUCCCACCACGGUGCUGCCAAUGGAGAUGGGUGCCGUUCCAUUGCUCAGAUGCACAAAGGAACUGCGAUGGAUAUUUUGGUUAAUUUGCUCGACCAACAUUGGCAUUCAUGGAGCCAUUGUUGUUCCAAACGAAAUUGUCUCAAAGCCAGUGUUCUUCACUAAUUUCCAGAGGGGGGCUACUUUCGCUGGUAAGACAUCAUCAUUUUUAGGGCCGCCAUACAUUUGGAACCAUUGGGGUUGACAGCACGACGGGCUGAUGUUUUCACAGCUGUUGUGUAUUUUCGAGGGUCGCACGUCAGGGGCCCCACUAAAGGCCAACCAGGGGCCGCCAGUAGCAAACACUGCUUUGAGCUACAGAUUGUGGCAAUGCAUAACCACUGACAAAGUGUCAAACAUCCGUCGCGCAGUGAGAUGUUGCAAGUUUGGCCCGAUGAGCACCCUGGCAAAUGAUGCCCUCCACUCCCAGACUGCAAUUCCGCACCUUUGGUGACUCUGAUGAUGGAAAUAACGUUGGGGAAAUUAAGACUCUGUAAUUCGUAAACGUGUUCCACUUUUACAAAAUCUAUUUGUUCUUUAUUGCUGUGAUAAAUAUUAGCGCGUGUGUAAAACCACGUCUCCGUGGAGACACCGGUCCUGAGACAUCGUCACUACAUGCUUAGACAGACCAUUAAAACGCUACAAAAGUAACACAACUUUGUCCCAAAGCUACCCACGACCAGACAGCGGCCCGUCACUACCGUCACCAAAACAUUGCACGCCGAAUAUCUACCACAAGUUUAUUCCAAAUUAUCCAUACGGGCGCUGAUAACAUCUAUUUUGAAAUGGGUGCUUGCCCUUAAUACUUCUGGCAACGCUAAAAGUUACUGCGGGGUCCUGGCACCCGUCGAGCGGAGCAGAGCGCGCGAGUUCAGCCGCUGCAUCCACGCAGCGAUCCGGUGGCUCGCGACUUCUCAGCGAUAGCUACGGCCGGUUCAGACCGGCAGGAACCAGCAGCACGUUUGAAGGGGGCCCGAUAGCAUCUCUGCAGACUUUGUGUGUGUGUAUAUGUCAGUCGUGGGGUUACUUCCAUCUCACGGAAACACCACGGCUUACAGUCAAAACAGUGUCCACCCUCGCCAUUGCUGGCCAAUGGCUCUGCAGCAGUCGGCAGGCUCUGUAGUGCACGAGGCUGUUGGACGAGAACAGGGAUGGGUCACCAAAAUAACAAGAAGCACUAUUUUUUCAAAUUCGGUAAAAAAAAUAUUUUGAAGGGCCGCAAUGCACGCGAAUACGAGACGGACCCUAACAAAUAAAAACGUUAGGGAGCAGUCCGUAAAGAGCCGCAUGCGGCUCCGGAGACGCAGCUUGCCGACCCCUGGAUGAGAGCACGGACAGAGGCUGUGGCUAGAGUCGUCCAUGGAGCGGUGACCUUGUUUAAGGCGCACUCAGGGGAGCACGGCACAGCAGGCAGCGUUACACAAAGUUAAACAAAUGUUUGGCGCUGAGCAGAAUGAGCAACGAUGCGAUCUGCUUUUGUCUCUCGUGGAUUCGAGUGUCGUGCUCACUCUCUGUGGACUCGAGCAACGGCUGCCGCGACGUCCAUCGCUUCGUUGAACUCGUCCGUGCACUGCCAGCCACCGUUGAACAGACGACGUGACCAGACGACGUGAACAGACGAAUGUAGCCAAUGUACAAGGGCGUCUGAACAUUCAUUGGGGGAGUGGGGAAGAGAGCUGUCCAGAUGCCGCUCGUGCUCCCCUCUCUCCGCUGGGUGCGUUUGUUGGGGGUCAGGGCCGAUUUCAUCUCUCCGGAGUGGGCACCACGAACACCGCAUCGCGGAAGUAGACAGGGCGGGUUCCUCGAAGAGCCCUGGUCCCGCUAUGGGACUGUGAAAUCUCCAGAACUCGCUCAGGUCUACCAACAGAGAUGAGAGCGCUGCCACGUUGCCCCUGUGAGCUGGGAGAGAAUCAGACCGAGCGGAGAGAGGCAGAGACGGCACGACAGGUCCAGAAACUCAACCACAGACUCCUUUAUGGGAGGGUUCAUGACCGAAUGGACAACAUAACGAGUUAGCGACUAUGAUUACACAUUUUCACGGGCAUGAGCGUUCUGCACUGGAAUUUACACCACUCUUAAAUGACGAAUCACUACUGAUUGUCAUCUCUACACUCGAACAACCAAAGUCAUGCUUGAGUGUGAGUUGUAUUAGCACUGCACUGAGAUUGACGUUCCACAGUGAUUUAUAAUAAAGGCUGUCACGAGUUC